GCUCUGAAACCGGCCUGGCCGAGGGAGACAGGGCCUCGAUCAACAACGAGGCGAUAUCCGCUGCGAGGAGGAUCACGACUUUAGAGAUGAAGGAGCUGAAUGAGAGGCAGAGGGCCGAGCAUGCCCACAGGAUGUACGAACACAUGAGGAACUCCCUCAGACAGGUGGAGGAGCGCAACACAGAGCUGGAAUCCAAGUUCUUAGAGCUGACCAAGAUGAAUGCGGAGUCCCAGCGGGUCGAGCGGGAGCUAAGAGAUGAGCUGGCAGGCGCCAGCAGCAAAGCCGCCAGCGACGCCGACAAGGCCAGGAUCUCAGAGCUGGAGAAGGCCGAGGCCGAGCUGCGCCUCGAGGUCUCCAAGCUGCAAGAAGUCUCAGACGUGGCUUUGUCCCAGGUCUCUGCUCUGCAGGCCCAACACAAAUCCAAAGACAACGAAGUUGAGGCUUUCAGGAGACAAAUACUGGAAUACCAGUCACAGUCGGAUGAGAAGGCUCUGAUAGCAAAGCUCCACCAACACAUGGUGGCGCUGCAGCUCAGUGAGUCGACAGCUCUGGGGAAUCUGGAGGCCGCUGCCUCUCACAUCCAGCGGCUGGAGGCCAACAUGCUGCGCGCCGAGCAGCGGCUGGACGCCAGCGAGCGAGCGCUCUUCCUCGCCCGCCAGGAGGGCCGCCACCGCGCCACGCACCUCCGCCAGACCGUCCAGGCUCUGCGCAGGCAGUUCGCCGGGGCGCUGCCCCUCCGGCAGCAGGAGAAGUUCUCCCUGGCCAUGCUGAAGCUCCAGGAGGACCGAGCCAAAGCCCAGGAGGAGAGGAGGGCAGCUGAGGUGGAGAGGCGGAGGGCAGAUGGAAGAGCCCAGGAGCUGGAGGUGAGACUGCGAGGCCUGGAGGAGCUCAUCUCUACCCUGAAGGACGUGAAGGGUGCCCACAAGGUAAUGGAGUGGCACAAGAGGAUGGAGGAGGCCCGCCUCCAGGAGCUGAGGAAAGGGAGGGAGCUGGUGGUCCAGAAGGAGGAGAUCAGCUACCUUAAGAAGCUGGUGGAGGAGCAGGACCGCACAGUCCGCUCGCUGGAGGAGGACAUCGUCCAGCUCAACUCUCUUCAGGAAGAGCGUCAGCUGGCGUGGGACCAGCGGGAGGUGGAGCUGGAGCGCCAGCUGGACCGCUAUGAGAAGCAGCACACCGAGAUUCUCAACAACGCCGAGAAGGUUAAGGAAGGGGAAGGGCCGCUCCCAGACCCAGUGCUGCCUCUGGCUCAUCAGUUAGAGUUUGCUCUGGGUAAAAUCAAAGAGCAGGUUCGCACCAUCUUGGAGCUUCAGGGAACAUGCAAAAGUUUGGACAAGAAACUGAAAGAGAGCGAAGUGGCUUUGUUGAAAGCAGAGCAGAACGUCGUGUCGAGGGACAAGGUGAUCAACGAGCUGCGUCUCCGGCUCCCGGCGGCCGCCGACCGCGAGCGUCUGCUUGCCGACCUCAGAAAGAACGAAGAGGACCAGCCAAGCAGCCAGGCUGCCCUGAAGCUGGCGCACCAGACCAUCAAAGAUCUCCAAAGUCGACUCGACAAGAAAGAAGAUGUGCUGAAGAAAUACCAAAACCAGCUGGCUCAGGCCAGACAGGAUCAAGAGGAGAUGAUAAAAAGACAUCAGGAAGAGUUGAGAAUAUUACAUCAGAAGCUGGACUUGCACACAGACACCUCUCUGGAUCAGUUCAAACAGACAGCAUUGGAGUUGAUGAAGAAGCCCGCUAUCAGAGUGCUGACACCUAAACACCUGGAGCGCCUGGCUGAGUUGGAGCAGACGGUGGCUGAGCAGGAUGCUUCACUCAGCUCUGUCACAGAGAAGCUGAAGCUGACCGCAGCCGAGCUGGAGCAACACCGGAUCGCCAUGGAGACGCAGGCUAAGAAACACGCUGAGGAGACGGCAAAGCUGGAGGAGAACUACGUUGCCCAGGUGAAGGCUCUGGGCGGUGAGGUGGAGGACAGUAGGAGUCAGCUGGCUCAGAUGGAGAAGGAGAUGAGCUUCCUGCGCUCCGAGCUGGAAGCUCAGAAGGAGGCCAACGUUCGCUCCCCGAGCAACACCAUGAAAAACCUGGUGGAACGCCUCAAAGCACAACUCACUCAGAAGGAGAAACAGCUCAAGGCUCUCAGUAAGGCUCUGUUGGAGCUGCGGGCGGAGAUGAUGUCAGCUGCAGAGCAGCAAGUCAUAGCCAACGCUGCCCAGAAAGAGCAGAGUCUCAACGUUCAGAUGCUAGUGGACAAACACACCAAAGACCUGAAGGCACGGGUACAGGAACUGAACGAAGAACUUCAAGCUGCAAAGGAGUCGGCCAAAGCAGCCAGGAGCAGAGAGAACGUUCUGAAAGAGGAGGUUGAAGGACUAAACCUAGACUUCCAGAAAUAUCAAAGAACUCAGAGACGACUGCAGGCCGAGAAAGCAGAGCGAGAGCAAGAAGUGGUGGAGCUCAAGCAGCAAAUAAAGAGGCUCACCAGCACCAUGCAGAAUCAGACAGAGGCAGAUGGGAAAGGAGCCAUCAUAGAGAAUCUGCAGAAGAAGAUCAGGAGGCUGGAAUCGGACUUGGAGAAAAGGAACGACGUAAAAAACAUCAAAGAUGAUCAUGGAAAGACCAAAGAUGAAAUUGUGCGGUGGGAGGAGAGCAAAAGAUGGCAGGCUAGGAUGGAAAAGGUGAAGAAUUCCAUGAAGGAGAAGGAACGAGAUAACGAAUCACUGUCGAAGCAACUUGGCACUCUGAAAGAUCUUUAUGGCAGAUUGGAGCAGGAGAAGGCUGCGCUGCAGAAAAAACUGAAAGCUCGAGGUGUGACCGCCGACCAGGUGGUGGGGGUACGAGCCAACGACAUGGAAAGGCAGAUACAGGAGUUGAAGAAGAAGAAUUCUGAGCUGGAAACCCAGAUUGUCACCAUAAAGCAGCAGCAGGCCUUGCCUCGUGAUGAUGCCAUGGAUAAUCUUAUGUCAAAGAACCAUCUUCUAGAGGAGAGACUCCACUCCUUAGAGAGGCAGAUAUCCAAGGAACCCUCUUCCAGACCCUCGGAGAGACACUUCUCCUCCCGGGCACUUAGUGGGAUUUGUUCACUCACGUUUGAUGUUGAGGACGGAGCAUCGUGCUGUCAGCUUCCUGAGACCCCCGACCCCGCAGGAGGCGCCCUUGACCAACAAGGGGAGCCCACGCAGAGCCAGGCGGGUGGAGGAGAGGACCUUGAUGCGGAUCGCCUGGAAGAUGAAAGGCAAACAGCAGCAGUUGUUGGAGAAAAUGAAGAAAGCAUCUCUGUUGGAUGUGACGUUACGGAGCAUGUGGAACAGGAUGAACCGCCUGACACAAAAGGGAAUGGUGCCGAUUCUGAUGAUCUGUCAGAAAGGACGGAAUCCAUCUCGCCUCCGUCUGCAACACAGGCAACGACAGCCGGUGGAAUGAGCGAAAGCAGGAAGAAACCGGGCGAUCCUGACCCAGAUAGUGAAGGCAUGGAUCCCGAUGAUGAUGAUGAUGUCGGAGUUAUCCCGGAGGGGACCCAGAAUGCCGAAGAAAAGGUGAAAGAGAAAGAAGAAGACGUGACGACAAGAACGGAAGUACAGGAAGAUGACCAGAAUUCUUUCUCAGCUGAUCCUGAUGUUGAUUCUAGUAUCACUCUGAGCAAACGCCCGGAGAGAAUUGUCCACGCAAAAAGGGGCAAACAAACACAAAAACAGGAAGUUGUGAAGUAUCAGAAGACUUCGGGACGCGGGACCAGGACCCCAUCACAGAGAGAUCAGGACAUCUCAAAGGAAAACCUCAAGCUGGCCUCAGAGAACUUGGAGCUGCGCUUCCAGCUGGAACAGGCCAACCAAGAUCUACCCAGGCUGAAGAAUCAGGUUGCAGACCUAAAGGAGAUGUGUGAGGCUCUGAAACAGGAGAGUGCGGAUGCCGAGAAGAAGCUGGCACAUCUACGGGGAGCUGGUUUCAGCGGCAAAACGGUCCCUGAGCUGGAGAAGACGAUUGGUCUGAUGAAGAAGGUGGUGGAGAGGGUGCAGAGGGAGAACGAGGCGCUGAAGAAAUCCAGCAGCCGUGCAGAGCAAGACAGAGUUGCCGCUUUGGAGAAGGAAAACAAAAAGCUGAAGGCUGACUAUGAGAAUCUGAAACAUCGAAGCGAAGCUGAGCUGAGCGCAAAACUGGAAUCCAAAACCAAAGGACUGGAGAGGAUCGUGGUGGAAAACGAGCGCCUCCGCAGAGAGAUCCAAAGGGAAGUGGAGGCGGCGGAGAGGCUGAGAGUGAGCAGGACGAGUCUGGAGGCGACCAAUGAGAAGCUGGAGUCUGAGCUGGAGGAAACCAGGCAGAAGCUGCGAGCGGCUCUGUCCAAAGCUGCCGCUGUGGGACCUGAAGGCAAAGCUUCCAGGGCCACUGUUGUUGCCAGGAUGUUUGAGAACAAGAUGAAGGAGUUGGAGGAGCAGCUCUCCCAGAAGACCUCCAGCAUGUCAGAGCUCAAACAGCAGCUCAAAGAGGCCAAGAGGCGCGAGGAGUGGGCCGAGACACGGGCAAGGCAGCUCCAAGAUCAGGUUGACGUGUUACAAAAGUUUCCAGCAGCUCCAAAGACUAAUGUGGGGAGCUCCAAGGAUCUCCAAGCUGUCAGACUGGAGAGUGCCGAGCCAGAGAGGACGACCAUGGAGCCGAAACAGAAGCUGAAUGACGACCCGGAGCAGGAUGCUGGAGCUUCUCCAGAACCUGGUCAUGGGAACCUGAAAAGGCUCCUACAAGCUGCCGAAAGCCAGAAAUCUAAACUCCAAGCAGAGGUGAGAAAGCUAAGGAAGGAGCUGGGGAACUUCGACCCGAACUUUUUCGAAGAGCUGGAGGAUUUGAAAUACAACUACAACCUGGAGGUGAAGAAGAACAUCCUGCUGGAGGAGCAGCUGAGGAAGGUGUGCGAUCAGUUUGGUGUGACGGCUGAAAUGCCCAGCGUGUCCAUCAGCUAACGCAUGGUUGCCCAGACUGUUUUACUACAAAGAAUUUGCUACUAUUCUAAUUAUGUUCUGUUUUUUUUCUUUUACUAUCAAAGUCAGGAGAAACAACCAAGCAGCACUUUUUUUUACUGUUUUUG